AUGGCCGCCGAAAAGACAAGCAACCCCAUGAGGGAGCUCAAGGUUCAGAAGCUCGUUCUGAACAUCUCCGUCGGUGAAUCUGGUGACAGGCUCACCCGUGCCGCCAAGGUGCUCGAGCAGCUUUCUGGUCAGACUCCCGUCUACAGCAAGGCCCGUUACACUGUCCGUACCUUCGGUAUCCGUCGUAACGAAAAGAUCUCCGUCCACGUCACCGUCCGUGGCCCCAAGGCCGAGGAAAUUCUCGAGCGUGGCCUCAAGGUCAAGGAGUACGAGCUCCGCAAGCGCAACUUCUCUGAGACCGGCAACUUCGGCUUCGGCAUCAGCGAACACAUCGAUCUUGGUAUCAAGUACGACCCCUCCAUCGGUAUCUACGGCAUGGACUUCUACUGCUGCAUGACUCGUCCCGGUGAGCGUGUUACUCGCCGCCGCCGCAUGAAGUCUCGCAUCGGUGCCAGCCACCGCAUCAAGCGCGAUGAGACCGUCAAGUGGUUCAAGCAGCGCUUCGAGGGCAUUGUCCGGUAA